AUGAGCGGGGUGUCCGAGUUUAUCAUGUCUACCCAUACUAUCCAUGGUAACUCGCAGUUCCAGAAGCCUUCUCAUUCCCGAUGGACAUGGGAGUCACCUGAUGGACAACUCCGUAAUGAAAUGGACCUCAUCAUCUUCAACCGGAGAUUUUGCAUGGCUGAUGUCGGUGUUGUUCGAGGUUGGGAUCGGACCAUCGUCUCCUCUCCUGCUUCUCAGUGCGUGGAGAAAGCAAUGAAGUUUAGGAAACAAAGCCCCAUAAUCUCCAUCAACAGAGACCACUUCGCUUCCCUUGCGAGUAAGCGGGAAGAUUUCGUUAUCGACAACAUCGACGAAGAAUACAACCGGCUCGUCGAGCAUCUUCACGAUAGUGCUACGAAAGCAGAGAGUCUACAAGUAGCCAAGAGACGACUCUUUUCGAAGACUCUCGAACUGAUAUGA